AUGACAUUUAUGUACUACAGAAGAGGGGGAGGUACUUCACGGUUAGAUUUCGCUAGAGCUUUUGAUUUGGUGGUAGCUAACUCGAGUUUUUCGAAAAGGGAGGAGUAUCUGGUCACUUUUCGAAGUACUGUGGCCAAGAUUCAGAUAGAUUAUCUCAUCUGCAGGAAAUGUGAUAGAUAUCUUUGCACGGAUUGUAAGGUCAUCUCUAGUGAGUGUCUCACGAUUCAACAUAGGCUCAGUGUAAUGGAUCCGGGGAUCAAGAGGAAUAGAAAGAAGAGAGCAGUGUGCAGUCAACCUAGAAUCAAGUGGGGAAUCUUGACUAAGGACAAAGCCCACGAGUUGGGGUGGAAUACGGAGGUCCAAGGUAAAGUUGAAGUCAAGAAAGCGGCUUACUUGAAACUAGUGGAGAGCGCAAACGAGGAGGAAAAGAGGACGAAUUGGGAAUGUGAUAAGAAGGCAAGGAAAGAGGCGAAGUUAGCUGUUACGACGGCUAAGACUGCUGCCUUUGGACGGAUGUAUGCAGAACUUGGGAGCAAUGGCAGGGACAAGAAGUUGUACAAGCAUAUUAAGGUCGAUGAGGUUAUGAGAGCGAUGAUUAAGAUGAGCAGGGGUAGAGUGACUGGGCCAGACAAGAUCCUGGUAGAAUCCUGGAAGAUUGCAGGCCGUGCAGGCGUGGAGUGGCUUACUGGGUUUUUUAAUGUUAUCUUUAAGACGAAGAAGAUGCCCGAAUAA